CCCUUAGCUUACAUCUCAAUUUUCUCAAUACUCUUUCAAUCACAAUAACCAAAAAAUGACUGAUUCCCCCAAUUCCAAGAAUUACGGCGUCCCAAUUUACGGUGCCGGUUGGGUCCCAUCUAACGCCGUCAGAUCUGCCGUCGAACCGCCCCCGGAAAAUGACGACGGCGACAAAUCAUCGGAGUCGGCGCCGGAAAGUUAUGUUGUCCUUGCCGGAGGCGGUGGAGAAGGGAAUAGCGGUAUUCGCAAUGCUCUCAUUGUUGCCAAAUUCUAUUUUGAUUCUAAUGUCCUCAGUGAUCAACCUGUGGCUAGGUUAGGAACUGGCGCUGAUUUGCCUUAUAGGAUGACAGUACAUCCAGGUGGCGAAGGUCUUAUAUGUUCAUUGCCAAAAAGCUGCAGAUGGUUUGAAUGGGAUUUUCAGAGAGCUGAAAAUCAUUCAUUGGGUCUGAUAUCAUCUGAGAGAGUACUUGAGCCAUUGCAAGAUGUUGGACAACAAUUAGCGCUAACUUUUAACCAUGAAGGUUCUUUACUUGCUGUUGGCGGUGAGGAUGGCAAGUUGAGGGUUUAUAAGUGGCCUAGCAUGGAAAAUAUUCUUGAUCAGGAUAAUGCUCAUGCUUCUGUGAAGGAUCUAGACUUCAGCCCAGAUGGAAAAUUUCUUGCAUCUGCUGGAAGUGGCCCUUGCCGGAUUUGGGAUGUCUCAAAAUCAAAAUCUGUUGCUUCUUUGAUGAAGGAAAAUGAUGAGAUUUUUGGCUCUUGUAGAUUCUCACCAAUUAACGAUGAGAAUCAGAUUCUAUACAUCAUCACAAUGCGAGAUCAAGGUGGAAGCAUUUCGAAGUGGAGUACUACUACAUGGAAGAGGAUAAAAUCAAAGCGUAUUGUUCGUGAUCCUAUUUGUGCCUUCAAUGUUUCACCCAACGGAAAGCUUCUGGCAGUAGGAACAAUUGAGGGAGAUGUUUUGAUAGUGUCUUCCAACAAUUUUCAAGUGCAAAAUGUGGUAAAGAAGGCUCAUCUUGGUCUUGUAACAACAUUGAAGUUCUCAGAAGAUUCGAGGGCUUUGCUUUCUGCCUCCAUGGAUUCAAGAGUGAGAGUGACAAUUAUAAAGGACGAAGAGAAGAAAAGUGGUCUGAGCUUGUGGAUCGUUAUGCUCGUUCUUUUGAUUGCAAUUGCUGUAUAUUACGCAGCAAGCAACGGGAUUCUUCCAUUGGAGCUAAACUCUAUAUUAAAAUGAUGAGCUUUACCCAAAGUAUUGUGAUAGGUGAAACGAUGUCAUUUUGAAGGCUGUCUCUGGAACAGUAGGCUUAAAGUUAAUAGAUCUCUGGUGUUUUUAGUAUGCUUCAAGUGUUAGGUAGACAGUUUAAAUGCUAAGUUGUCAUUCAUUAUAUUCUCACUGUACAAAACAAGCUGUUGACUGGGUGUACUCUUCCAUCUUGCAAUUUUAUUUGGGAGAUUUAUUACUUAAAAUUAAUGGUUUUAACUCCAA